AUGUCAGGUAAGACGCUGGAUCAUGAUGUUUCAAAGCCGACACACACACGACGAGGCAGGGAUGCCACUUUACCAAGUGCUGUUGAGGUGCUACCAGUGAAAGAAGGGGAGGAUGUUGACACAAAUCGGAUAGGAGAAAUCGAAGAAGAUUCUGCAGCCAAAAAUCCUGCUGAAAGAAGUUCCGGGAAAGGUGAAAACAAUAAUGUUCGUAUUCGAAUAGGAUGUAGAAAAACUAAGGAAGACAAAGAGCUCAUUAGGCUUGCCCUCCAUCGAAAUCCAUUCUUUACCUGUAUGGAUGAAGAGCAAAUUCAGCGGUUUGUGGAAGUCGCAGAGUGCCGGUCGUUUCGACCUGGCGAAGCUGUUAUACUCGAGGGAUGCAGAGAUGAAAGAAUGAUGUACGAUUACCAAGCGGAUGCAGAUGAAUCACUUGGACCAGCUGAUGUAGAUGAGUUUUUGCUGGAUGAAGAGAACAAGAGCAAUGUCAAUAUUGAAACUGACAGCUCUGCGAUGCAUGCCGAAUCAGACGCUUUCAAUCUAGCAUUACAUACCCUGGAUCAUGUACCACCACCAUUUUCCGCGUCGAAACCUCUACUCUAUAUCAUUAAGGAAGGAAACGCUGAUGUACUGUAUCAUGCAAAUUUCAAUCCAGCAUCUCUUGGACCAGGAACAUUAUUUGGAGAAGGACGGUUUCUUUUCGGAAGGCAGCAUUCUGCGUCUAUUGUGGCCGCUGGCCCUUUGAAAUGCUGGGUAGUAGGACUCGAUACAUUCUUAAAAGAUGUCUUAAAUAGUGAGAACCUGAAGAAAAUUUUUGCUCAGCACGCUCACAGAAACGACAGUCAAGGGAAACUAUAUAUGACUAUGGACGACUUCAUUCAUUCAUGCUUACACGAUGAGCAAAGGGAAUCACAAAAUAUGGAAAAUGUAACAGAUGAUUCCACAAUUGAGAACGCAUACAAUAGCAUCUUGAGCAGCUCUGUGAUGCAACUAUUCAACAACAAUCAGAUUUUCCUAUCCGAUUUCUGUCUGUUCUAUCUACUCAUUUCAAGACCUGAUCCAGAGAUCGACAUUGCAUUUCUCUUGAUGGACCGGCACAAGACGGGGUCCAUCACAAAGGCUGACUUUCAGGAAUAUGUUUCACGGCUUCCAUAUUAUUUUGACCCAGAGUCAGAGUUCGUCGAACGUCACUUCGGAUAUGGGCAGACAGUUCGAAACUAUCAAUUCUCUCAGUUCCUUGUCGAUCUGCAAAAAGAAAUGGGCCGUCAGGCUUACAUCCACGAAGCCAGGCAGUUUCAAGCAGAAUUCGAAGGUGAAGGGUUGUUUCUUCCAGCUGAACAGUUUGUAGAAUUGUUGAAAUCAACUUGCAGCUGGCGACUCCCUCCAGGUGUCGUAGAUCGACUAGAGUCAUUGUACUCUAAGGGACCAGUAGAGUCCGCGGAAUCCACGGCCAUUGCUUCUGUACGAGCUGGCAAAAUCAAAGGGGACUCAGUUCAUCAAGUGAAGGAGUACUCAAAAAAAUCUAUUCUAUGUGAUUUCGAACAGAAGCGACUAAAACUUGGUACACGAUACUUCACAUAUUUGGACUACACUGCUUUUCAAGAAGUCCUCGGGGUGCUUCCUGGAAUCUACAAUCUGAUCGACCGAGCAUGCAAAAUCAAGAACGGACCAAUUUCUCCUGAUGAUUUCAAGGUGGCAAAUCGAGUACUUGGGCUUGGGGGUCGGUUAAGCCGUCGUCAAGUGGAUAUCAUAUUUCAAUUAUUUGAUUUAGAUCGUGAUGGUUAUGUGUCUGCAGAGGAUGUCUUUGGUGUUUGUGGCAUUGAAUAUGCCUAUCGACUUGAAGCAGGAGUUGGUCGUGGAGGAAAGUCCACAUUUGCUCCUCCACCAAAAUAUAAUAGCACCGCUGAAGUCCUUCGAGGUGGAUCGGAGUCAGAAGAAUUUGAUCGAGAGCCGCAACCCGGAACGAAGGCAGAACAACCUGAGCAUAUCGUGGAAUCUAUCUUGAAUCACGUGACGCAUUUCUUGUUAUCUUCAGUGGCAGGCGGAAUUGGCAUUGCCACUGUGUAUCCCUUGGACUUGGUGAAAACACGGAUGAUGAAUCAAAGAAUAUCUGCAGAUAGCAAACGAAUUUACUUGAGUUCUUUCGAUUGUUUAAUGAAAGUUCUCCGUUUUGAAGGCAUUGGCGGGCUCUACCGAGGUUUACUCCCACCUUUCAUGGCUGUAGGGCCUGAGAAGUUCAUCAAGUUUACCGUCAACGACUUGUUGAAAGGGCUUUCCAAUAGCCGUGAGAAAGCCCAUUGGUCUAUGGAAAUGGUCAGUGGUGCUUGCGCCGGCGCUUGUCAGCUAUUGGUUACGAAUCCAUCGGAAAUCACAAAGAUUAGGCUGCAGAUGCAAGGAGAGUCGAUGAGACUGUUCAGGGAAAAUGGUUUCCGUGCGCCGAGGGCGCUUUCGUUCUCCGAGGUGGCAGCUGAUCUGGGCUUUUCUGGUUUGUACAAAGGAGCUCAAGCUUGUCUACUUCGAGAUAUUCCUUUUGGUGCUAUCUACUUCCCUGCAUAUGCUGUAUGCAAGGAUUACCUUGCAGAUCUAGAGGGCACACAAGGUUCUGUUUCAGCAUCACAAAUUCUUUUGGCCGGUACUCUAGCUGGAAUUCCAGCCUCCUUCCUUACCACCCCAGCUGACGUUGUGAAGACCCGACUUCAAGUGACUCCUCGUCCCGGCGACUCAGUGUACACCGGCAUUGGUGAUUGCGUUAGAAAGAUGUACGCGACCGAAGGACCCACUGCAUUCUUUAAGGGAAGCUUGUUUCGCUGCGCCCGGAUCUCGCCGCAGUUUGGAAUUUCUUUGCUCUGUUACGAACAUUUGUCGAAGUUCUUUGGAAAACAUCAAGCCCACUUGAAACCUCCUACGAACGCCCCUAUUGACCCUCGGGACUACAGGAGGGCUUUCAACCUUCAAAACCUAGGGGAGAAAAGUGGCGAUAUUGAUAAUCUUGUGAAAACACUGAACAUGGGUUUUCGAAGUCCAAAGAAGCCAGAAGGUUGA